UGAAAAGUCCGUGCCACCGGAAGUGUCCCAGGCAACUUUCCCAGCUGGUCUCAGACAAAGCGGAGAGAGGGUUAUGGUAGGAGAAGAAGCGCAUCGACCUCCGGAGAGCUGCUGCUGCUGACGGGGACUGAGAAGAUGUCUGUGGACGAGGUGUACGUGUUCCGGCCCUUCAAGCUGAUCGCCCUGCUCUGCGUCUUCCUGGCGCUGUGCCUGGACGUGGUGGCUCUGCUGAGUCCAGCCUGGGUCACCGCCGAGCAUUUCUCCCUGUCUCUCUGGGAGUCCUGCUCCCAGUCCGAGGCUCGGCAAGCCGCGGAGGAGGCUGCGUGGAGCUGCUUCUCCACCCUUUCAUCUGACUGGCAGAUCGCCACCCUGGUGCUCCUGGGGGCCGGCGCCAUCGCGACUCUGGUGGCGUUUCUGGUGGCCCUCGUUUCCCUCUGCUGGGGUACGAAGAGGCAGCACUACCGCAUUGUGGCGGUGUUCCUCUUCACUGCAGUUGUUUUGCAGGCCUGUGCCCUGGUGCUCUACCCAAUCAAGUUUAUUGACGGAACGGUUCUACAGACCUAUCAUGAGUUCAACUGGGGCUACGGACUCGGCUGGGGAGCCACCAUUUUCAUGCUGGGCGGAGGGAUACUCUUCUGCCUGCGGACGGACAUUUACGAGGACGCCAUGUACUAGUGAAAUCCCUGCCGCGCUGCUGAAAACGCAAACAUAAACCCACAGAAACUUCUCUAUGCUCUGCACAGGGCCAGUACGUGAGCAGACCCCAUGUCUUGUUUCUGCCUCCUGUCUUGCUCUUGCUGUUAUUUUUAGACAGGUUGUGAAGGUGCUAUUUAGGGCCGGGGGCUGUGAGAGUCGAUCUCCACCUCCAUCCUGCAGUCACACUCAGCUGCCGGUGGCGUUUGGUGGAGUGGGCGAGGUGGCAGCACUAAAGCACAGAGUUUUCUGGACUGGGUCGGGCUGCUGGACGUUUCCAGGAUGUUUAUUGUUAGAAAUGACACAGACCUGAAUGUGCUGGGGCUGACUAUUCACCAGGACUGACUGAUCUCCACAUUUCUUUUCUUUUAUUUUAUUUUUAUAGUGUAUUUAUGGCAUAAUUUCUCUCUUUCCUGAUAUUCAGUGUAAAUUUCCCCUUUGUUUAAAUGAAAACAUAUCUAAUAAGUGUAAAUUAGACAAUUUUUUUUAUAGAUGUGUAGCCUCUGAAAAACAAUCACAGUAGUUUGUCCCAUAAAAUCUACAAUACAAAAUAUUUCUAUGCGUGUUGUUUGAAGGAAACAUUUAGACAUAUUUGUUACAAUCUGUCAUGACUGUACAGCACAGAAACAAAAAUACAAACCAGUUUAGAGAAUAAGAUUGCAUUAACAAAAGGACAUUUUCAGGGAGAUUCCAGUGAAAUGAAGAGAACCAUAGAUGGUUGUUGUUUAUAAAUGAUUUUGUUCAUUUUCCAGCCUUGCUAGCUAAAUAGAUACUCUUCCACAAAAUUAUUACAGAUGUCAGGACUUUGGCCAGCUUGUGUCCUAGAGGUGUUUUGAGACUCCACUGAAUUUGAAAGGUACAAAGAGAGAUGUACAUCAGCCCUCCAUGAGUCAUCUGAAUUACGUUUUGAAUUUUCCCUGUGAUUUAAAACCAGAGGUCAAACAAACUGACCACUGGUAACUCAUUUUUUUAUGUAUUAAUAGACCCUACGAUAAGUACAACCACUUUCCUUCGAGUCUCCUCUACAUCUCUUUUUAUUUUUUUUAUCUAGGCACUGUCUGUGUCUCUGACUGCUGGCUAUGGACUCCUGUUUAGCAGAGCUGAAACUAAGACAGCAACAGUCCCACAAUGCAAUGCGGUUUGAUGUUUGUGCUCAUUCCCAUGGCUAUUUCAUUUCACAUCUUAAACAAGGCACCUUUGGAAAAAAAAAGUUUGUCCUUCAAAUUCUGAAAAGUGUACGAAGCAGUUCUAAGUUAUUACAAAGUUUAAUUACAUCUAGUUUGGGAGUAUCUGGGUUUUAUAUUAUUGUUGGAGAAAAUAUUUAAUUAUAUUUCUUUAAAUUUCCAAUCAGAAAUACCCUAUCUACAAAUUAUCUAAUAAAUUUUCCUAUGAAAUCAAUGUAUAGGUAUUUUCUUUCUAUUGUUCUUGCAAUACUUGGAAGAAGACUUAAGUUGCUUUCACUAUCUGGUUGCUAGCAUAAGGUCAGUUUGCCAAUAUGUGAAAUUCAUUGAAUUAUGCUACACUAUGACACAUUUGACAUAUUUUUGUAGUUUGAGAGUUUGCACAAACUGAUUUUGUGUAUCUUUAUCCCUCUGUCUAGUGUAAACUUCCUAACUUUGUUAAUACAGGUUCUUUAAAACUAAAAAACAAGAAAUUGAGAUAAUUUCAUUACGUAGCUAAAAGUUGAAACUAAACCAGUGAUUGUUUAGAAAUUACCUUGGUUCACCUGAAACAAAUGAAAGCUCGUUACCAGCUCCGUGAGAAGGCAGUUCAAGUAUAAGGAGUUGUUUUGCAGCAGGUACAUGUACUCCCGUUUUAGGGCCUAAAGGACGGGAGGUGGAUGGCCCUGCUACAGACUAAACAACCCCGAGCCACCGAACCACCAUCAUUAUCUGGAACACAUUCCUCAGAGGAAGGCGGAAGCUAUUUAAAGAGGUACCACGGGACUGCUAGCUAGUGAGCUACCUAGCUAGUGUGCACAAUGUAGCUACAUGGAACAUUUUAAACGUCAGUACCACAUUUUACAGCAUUUUAACAAUUUACUCAUGAAUUUAGGAUGGAAAAUCGUUUCUAAAACAGCAUUUUACAAAUUCACUGACACACCUGUUAGCAAAGCCUGAAAAUAAAUCCCUUUUUAUUGCUAUGCUUCUCUACUAGUGAACCUUUUUACCACCAAAUGGGUCAUCCUUCCUUAACAGUUACAUUUAUUUUAAAUUUUUGCUCUUACUAGAAAACAUGAGACAAAAUAAAUCAAGAGAAAAAAAAAAACAUUUAUAGCAAAAUCUGGAUUUAUUUUCAUGUUACUGAGGUCUGUAUUCACAGCCAAAUAGACUUUGAAAAGAAACUGGAGGAAAAUAAACGAUGUAAAAA